AUGUCGGAGAUCCGGAGCUACGGGGAGAAGAAAGAGAUGCUGCUGGAAGGUGGCGGCGGCGGAGGCGGCGCGUACCUGGAAGAAGGGCAGUGCGACUCGGGUGUCGAUUGUAUCCGUUCACUGCACGGCCAGCCUGGGGAAGCGGAGCCCCGGUCCCCGGCGGCCGGAAGGAUCCCGUUGGAUAAAAUCCCCGGAUCUCCCAGUCAAGGCAAAGAGGAACCGGCAGACGACAGACUUGAUUCGAGUUACGGCUCUUCGUCUAUUGUGGAGUCCUUAACUGGGCUGCAAGGGGAGCCUAACCCCGAGAAGGAGGAGGAUAACGAGGAGGAGGAGGAGGAGAGGCUCAGGCAGCAACUGCUGGAGAUCCUUGCUUUCCUAUCCGAGGACGGAGACACGUUACUGCACCUGGCAAUCAUCCACUGUAUGCCAUCUAUCGCAUUCUGCUGCAUUGCCCAAAUGCCCGUGGAGGUUUUGGAAUUCCAGAAUGAUUUGUUCCAAACUCCGCUUCACUUGUCUGUGUAUUUGGAGCAGUUCGAAGUGGUGAAAGCACUCAUUCUGAAAGGGGUGAACACGGCACUGCAGGACCGCAAUGGGAAUACUGCUCUGCACUUGGCCUGUGAGCAGCAGAGUCUGGAAUGUGUUGAGCUGUUGCUGCCUCUGAAGAAACCAGUUUCUGAUAUGCAGACUAGAAAAAGUCUACAAGAUCUGCAGCUCCAGAAUUGGCAAGGCUUAUCGUGUCUUCACAUCAGCACCUUGAAAGGUAACCUUCACUUGAUAGCAUUGCUGGUGCAGAAUGGAGCUGACAUUAAUGUACAGGAUGGCACAAGUGGAAAGACACCCCUACAUCUGGCAGUGGAGAAUCAUGAUGAGAUGGCUGUGAGGCAACUCCUGCGAUUGGGGGCCCAGGUGGAUUCACAGAUGUACAAUGGCUGCACCCCACUGCAUCUGGCUGUGGGCAGGAACGAUGCUGCCAUUGCUGCAAUCCUCUGCCAUUCGGGAGCAGAUACCUUAUUGCGGAAUAUGGAAAAUGAGACAGCUCAAGAUCUGGCAGAUGGCAAUAAUGAUAUCCUUACACUUUUGCCUUUUGAUGACCUGAAGAUCUCCGGAAAGCCUGUGAUGUGCUCCAGCCGAACAUCCUAACAUCUAA